ACGCAAACGCGAACGUGCGAACACGGACGCUUCUCAAGAACAGUGACAUUUUCCAAAAAAGUGCUUGAAUACAACUGUAAAAGGAUGAAUCGUAGUGCGCAAAUUUUGAAAAUGGUGUUCUCUGAAGACCAAGAGAAUCCAGUUGUUUAUAAUAAGCCCAUUUUCAGUCCUUUAGAUACUGUUCGCAGUCUUGUAAAAAGCGAUGUUAAUAAUAUAUCAAAUUUAAAUAGCCACAGUUAUGUUUCGGAUUCACAAAUUGUGCCAUAUUUUAUGAAGAAUGAUCUACCUGGACCAAAUAAUGUUGAUAUGGAACCUACAGUAAAUUAUUCAGAAUCAGUAUCAAGUAACCAAAUACAACUUUCUGACCUUCAACGUCCACGAUUGAAUAAAGUAGUUCCAGAAUCUAAUUGUUCUUCAGAAUACAAUGAUGAUAAUUCUAAAUCUGAAUAUUCUAAUAGUCAAAAUGACUUUUCAUCUGAUGAUGUCGAUAAUGACCCCGAUUUUUUAUAUAAAGAUCUUGAAUUAUCUUCUACAUCUGAAGAUGAAAGCAUCACAAUGAGUAAUCGGCGAGAAAAAAUAAUUGAAAUUGAACAAGAAAAGAAAAAAGGAAGAAAACGGAGAGCUGUACCCAAAGAAUGGAAAAAAAAUAAAGCAAAACUAUUAAGGAACUCUGGAAAAGCGUAUUUAUCGUCAUCUAAAUCAAAAAAGCUAAUGAAAGAAAGGGAAUUAAAACCAACUUGUAAUGAUAAGUGUAAACUGAAAUGUUUUAAUAAGAUAAGCGAGGAAAAGCGUCAAAUUAUUUUUUCGAACUACUGGAAGAUGGCAGACUUAGAAAAACAACGUCAGUUCAUUAAUAAAUAUGUAAAAGCAAUUAAACCUAAAUAUCGCUAUAUUCGUGAAGGAAGUACUAGAAAAGAUUAUAAUCACGCAUUUUAUUUUGAAGUAGACAAAGAAGAUAUCCGGGUUUGCAAAACAUUUUUCAAAAAUACAUUAGGCAUAUCAGAGAGACCAAUAAGAACGGUGAUUUAUAUGCAAAACUCUGUAGUUGGAGGUUUUCUAGCAGGUGAUAACCGAGGGAGACAUGGAAACCACAAUAAACUUGACAGCACAGUUAUUGAAAGGAUUAAAGAACACAUCAAUUCCAUUCCUAGAAUCGAGAGUCAUUACUGUCGGGCUACUACAAGUCGAGAAUAUAUUGAAGGAGGGCUUUCCAUUGCGCAAUUGCAUAGAGACUAUGUUGAAAAAUGCCGAGCAGAAAGUCGAUCGUAUGCUGACUAUCAAAUAUAUUAUAAUAUAUUUAGCAAAGAAUAUAAUAUUUCGUUCUGGUCUCCAAAAAAGGACCAAUGUGAAGAUUGUGCAGCUUAUGAUAAUGCAGAAGAUAAACAGCCAUUAGAGGACAAGUAUUUUUCUCACCUAGAAGAAAAAGACUUAGUCAGGAAAGAAAAAGAACUGGAUAAAAAAAAUACAAAUAAUAAAUGUAUAGCUGCCACCUACGAUUUGCAAGCCGUAAUGCCAUGUCCUAGAGGUGACAUCUCCAAUUUCUAUUACAUUUCUAAACUGAACGUACUCAACUUUACCAUUUACGAGCUUGGCUCCAAAGAUGUGAAUUGCUACGUCUGGCACGAAGGUGAGGGAUUAAGAGGGGUAAAUGAAAUAGGCUCCUGCGUUUUAAAUUAUUUAAGAAGGCUCCAGGAGCAAAGUAAAGAAGACUUUCAAGUUAUAUUUUACAGUGACAAUUGUUGUGGACAACAAAAGAAUAAAUUUAUGAUUGCAAUGUAUAUAUACGCUGUAACUAAUUUAAAAAAUUUGACGUCAAUCACUCACAAAUUUUUAAUAAAAGGCCACACCCAAAAUGAGGGAGAUUCUGCUCAUUCUACUAUUGAGCGCAAUAUUUCCAGAUCUCUGAAAUCAGCUCCUAUUUAUGUACCAGAACAAUACAUAACAUUGAUUAGAACCGCAAAAAAAAAGGGGAAUCCCUAUAAAGUCCAUGAACUAAACCACGAAAAUUUCUUUGACAUUAAAAAGAUUGCGGAUGGCAUAGGACCAAAUUAUACAACAAAUGAAGAUAGAGAAAAGGUAAAGAUGGGUGAUAUUAAAGUUAUUAAAGUGGAGAAAAGGUACAAAGACCGAUUUUUUUACAAGUUAUCUUAUAAAGAAAAUGAUUUUAAAACUGUUGUCAUCAAAACUCGAACAACCAAGAAAAAUACAGAGUUCACAGAAUUAGAACGUCUUUAUUCCUCAAAAUUAGGCGUUUCUAAUAAUAAAAAAGCAGCCAUACUUACACUAAUAGAUAAAAAUAUUAUUCCUAGGUUUUAUAAAAGCUUUUAUGAAAAUCUAUAGAUAUCUAAAUAAUAUCUUAUUUCUAAGAUUGUAUAGAUAAGCUUAAGUAUUUGGGUUUUGGAAUCCAUGAGAUAUUGUUUAAUGUUACUGGAAUUUCAAUGUUUGUGUUUUUUAAUACUUUGGAUAAGUUUGAUUCUAUAAAAUAUGCUUUAUUUGAUUUUUGAGACUGAUAAUAUAAUUUAGUCCUAUACUAACUAAACAAGCAUUCAUAUUGAAAUGUGAUUAAGAUUAUUAGAUUUAGAGUAUUAUAUAUAAUAAUAAAAUCUUAAUUUAAAUCAAA